AUGAGCUCGUUAUUAGGACUUAAUUACUACGACGAAGAAGAAGAGGAGGAAGAGCAGCAGUCAAGUCAUGCAACGGAUAACACUGAACAAAUGAUAAUGGACAAAAUUGAAGUUGCAAAGGCCGAUCACGGUGACGAUAACGAAGAAGUUCAGUCGCAAAAAAACGUAAGUGCCUCUAUGUCCCAAGCCAUUGCAAAUAAGCCUGCAGAACGUAAUUUCGAAAGCAUUUCGUUAAAGUCGACAUCUCCGACAGCAUUACUUUCUCAAAAGAAUCUACCUCCGGCGCCAACAGAUUUUUCUACCCUCAUUCGACGGCGACAAAACCAUGCCGGACAAACAAAAACUCACUAUCGACAUCACAAUUCAGCAGAUCAAACGAAAAGUGAGAAUACGUCCAGAACACCUUCUCCCCGAGCACAAAAUUCUCCCUCCAUGAGCGUCGAUGGUAGUCGUAAUCUGCGAGGCGAUGGUGUAUCAGAAUCCCCCCACGUAAGACAUGACGGUGGGGAUAUCAGUCCAGAAAUUACAACUUCUGUGCAGGCUAUGCAGAUAGAUGAGGUGGAAUACGAAGCCAAGAAAGAAUUGCUUUUGAAAAAGUUGCUAAGACCAAAGCCAAUAGAAGGUGCUGAGAAUUGGGGGAUUCCCGCAGAACCCGAUACAGAGUGCGAUGCCGAGUUACAGAACAAAAUUGCUCAGUAUCGUCAAUUAAAGGAUAAAGGAAUACUCUUCAAUGACAAUCUUUUAAAGAACAAAGCAUUCCGUAAUCCUCACAUAUAUGAAAAACUUGUGGAAUUUGUGGAACUGGACGAAACUGGAUCAAAUUUCGACAAGUCUGUAUUCGAUCCAUAUGGCUUCCCACCCGAAGCGUAUGCCGAAAAAUUGGCCGAAACUCAAAAGCGCGUAGCGGACGAGCGCACGUUAGCGCAACAACAGCAACACAGGGCUCAGAUCCAGUUUGUCGGUGCAGCGGCCGUUGCAAAUGCGAGCGUGUCGAGAGCGAGGCACGUUAUGCAGAGUCUUGCUGCUAGAGUUGAGAAGAAUGCGCCUGGUUCAACUAGUUCGGUGUCCGCAACCGUUUCUACAAAUAUCAAACCGUCUUCCGGGAAGAAGCGCUCUAGCAAAUGGGAUGUACCUGCAUCCGAAGUAUCACAACAAUCAAGCGAAAAACGCCAUGAUCGCCACAGCCAUGAUGGAAAGAGACGGGGCAGUAAAUGGGACGUUCCGGCGACUCACGUGUCGUCAUCAUCGAGAUCAAGUGAUCGGCGGCAUGGCCAUGAUAGUAGAGAUAGUAAGCGAACUAGGGAUUGA